UCGCGCAACCUGUUGCUUGUCCAGAUGCAUUGGCAACUCUUGGCUCUCCUCUCCCUGUUUUGUCAGAUGCUUAUAUUGACGUUAGAUGCGAGAAAACAAAGUGAGAGCUGGCAACAGGACUGCAGGAGCUGUCUGGAGUGUUCGAAGGAAAACGGUUGUCUGCGCUGCACUGAACGGCUCUUCCUUUUCCUCAACAGAGAUGGCAUGAGUCACCAUGGCUCUUGCCUUCACUCCUGUCCCUCUGGACACUUCGGCCUCCGAGGGAAAGACAUCAGCCGCUGCAUAAAAUGCAAAGCUCCAGAGUGUGAGAUGUGCUUCGACAAAGACUUUUGCACCAAGUGCAAAGAGGGCAAUCUGCUCUUCAAAGGCAAAUGCUUCAAAAGCUGCCCCGAAGGCACAUUUCGCCAGUCCACAGACUGUGUUGAAGGAUGUGUGUUCAGUCCCACUGGUUUCUGGGGUGAAUGGAGCUCUUGUCAACACAAUGGUCUGAGCUGUGGUGUCAGAUGGGGUCAACAGAUUAGGAACCGUGAGCUGUCCGGUAACAUGCCGGAAGAGACAGAGAGGCUGUGUCCACCUCAGACUGAGAGCAGGAAGUGCCGUAUGAGGAAGAGGUGCCUGAAAGAUAAAAGGAAAAAUGAAAGAAGAGAAAGAAGAAAGGCACAGAAAAUGUUGAAGCUCUUCAGUAACAGAACCGUCACGGAACAUACAUGGGGAACGUAAGAUUCUGGGAAGAUUCAGCAGAAUGAGGAGACAGUCGCACAUGUUAUGUUUUAUUAAUUGAUAAUACUGUAUAUGUAAACUAUUUUUUUC